GCUCCUUUUCUUAACGAACAGAGUUUUGUGAGAACACACACACAUACACACACACAAGAGAAGAAUCCCAAAUCCCAAAUCCCAAUGGCAACAUCGCGUCCUCCUCCGUCUAAAUCCGUGGAUCUGGACCUCACCAUCGUCUCCGCCAAGCAUCUCAAGAACGUUAACUGGAAAAACGGCGAUCUCAAACCCUACGUCGUUUUCUGGGUCGACCCGGACCGUCGCCUCGCCACCAAAUCCGACGACUCCGGCUCCACCUCCCCCGUCUGGAACGAACGCUUCGCCGUACCCCUCACUCUCCCACUCCACGACUCCUUCCUCACCCUCGAGAUCUUCCAUUCCAAACCCUCCGAUACCCCAAAACCCCUUGUCGCCACCCUCCGCCUCCCCCUCAAAGAUCUCCACGACCUCAACGAUUCGACCCGGAUCCGAAAAUUCUCCCUCACCCGACCCUCCGGUCGCCCUCAGGGCAAGAUCCACCUUAAGCUCGGCCUCCUCGGUCGUCCUCCAACCCUCGAUUACGUCACCCUUAACCCCAACCCCAACCCUAACCCUAACCCCAAUCCCAAUUCUAACCCUAACCCUACCUUCCUCUGCUACAGAGGAUACUCUGCUUCACCUUCUCCACCACCUUCACCCUACCCUUCAUACACCUCCUACCCUGAUUCCUACUCCGGUUACUAUCCUGGUUACUAUUCCGGUGCUCCUCCCCCGCCUCCGCCGUCACGUCCCUUCUUUGACCGUCCCUUAGGUUAUGCUGGGCCUAGUGGGCCUUCCGCCCCGCUUGAUUAUUCGUCCUCUUACGAUCCCAAGCCCAAGGGUAAUAAAAUGGGCCUGGGCGCUGGGCUUGCUGUUGGUGCUGUCGCUGGUACUCUUGGCGGGCUUGCUCUGGAUGAGGGGCUGAAAUAUGAAGAGGACAAAAUCUCUGAGAGGGUUGAGAAUGAGAACGACGUCGCUUCUGCACGGGAUGAUUACAGCCAUUACAGAGUAGACUAUUGAGUUUUAUUAGCUUCUGGGUGUUGGCAAGGUUUGCACUUUGAAGGCUAAUUAUAAAUAUAUAAUGUAUGUGUAUGUGUAUAUAUAUAUAUAUAUUUCAACUUCUUGUUGGAUUGAAUGCUUCUAUGUUGCUUUAUUAAAAGUUUAUCUUGUGAUGAUUUCAUACUCUGUUCAUGCGGCUCUUUAUAUUAAUU